AUGGAGCACUGGAAGAACCUGACGUCGAGUGUCGGCCCUCUUGGCCAGAAGCUUACUGAGCGCUUCGGUGCGCUGAACCAGCAGGCCCGUGAGCACUUUGGCCAGACGAAUGACAUUACCGAGCUCCCUGACGAGUACCGUGAGCUGGAGGACCGUGUGGAUGCGCUGAAGAACGCGCAGAACGUCCUCAUCCGCGCUGCGCGUGCGUACGAGCACGAAGGCUACGACUACCCCCACCAGCUCCAGGAGUCAGUCACGCACGGUGCGCAGACGCUGAGCCACACGCUGUCUGCGUGGGCUGCGACUGCGACCAAGAACACCUCGCUGCCGAGCGUGCAGCCGACAAAUGCGCCACCGACCGAGCCGCGCACGCUGCACCACGCGCUCUCGCGCAGCGCCGCGAGUGCUGCGAUCUACCUCGGCAAUGCGCCUGCGACGGCUGUCGCGCAGCCCGGCGGUGAGCCGGUGCCGACGAACGAGAGCCGCCUCGGCGAGCUGCUGCAGCAGUUUGCCGUGGCCCAGGACAAGAUCGGCGGUGCGCGUCUCUUGCAGGACAAGACCAUCAUCCAGUCCUUUGUCAACGUGUGGAACGCGUUUGGUGCGCAGAUCCAGCUGGCGAUGAAAGCCCGUCAGUCGGUCAAGGAGGCGCGUCUGCACCUCGACUCGUGGCGUGCGACGCUCAAGACGGCCGAGACGUCGAACGCGUCGAGCGCCAAGCUCGAGCAGUAUGGCACCGAGGUCGAGCACGCCGAGGACAAGCUGGUGAGCGCGACGGAGGAGGCAAUCAGCCUCAUGAAGACGGUGCUGGACAACCCCGAGCCUGCCAAGAGCCUCGCGGCGUUUGUCAAGGCACAGCUCGACUACCACCGCGCGGCGGUGAGCUCGCUCGAGCAGCUCGACGCCGACAUGGCUGGCGUCGUGACCAAGGUCGAGUCCGAGUACCGUGCGUCGCGCUCGUAG